CACUUUGGUUUGGAAGCUUAUUUUGAACUAGAGAUCGAGAGAAGCAGAGACUUUGUGACAAACAGAAAAAAAAUCAUCACAUGGCUGACAAAGACCCAAUAUUUCAACGUGACCUUAAGCGUAUUGCAAACGCUGCUAAGGAUAGUGAAUUCUCAGUAGUUUCUUAUAAUAUAUUAUGCGAUGCGGUUUUCGACAAGAAUCCGAGACUUUAUUCUUAUUUACCGGACGAAAUGAAGUGUCGUGGACCUGUGCCAAAGAAUUGUGUCAGGCAUACACAAUUAGUCAAAGAGUUGCACUGGUUGGAUGCAGAUGUUGUUUGCCUUCAAGAAGUGGAUCCAUUCUAUUUUCCGCAUUUGCUUGAAGAUCUAACGGUACACGGUUAUGAAGGGAUGUUUCAGCCUCACACAACUGGUGGAGAUGGUGUCGCAACAUUUUUUAAGACAAAUAAAUUUCAGUUGAAAAAUUACGAGGUGUUUGGAUUCAAUGAGAUACUUGGGGAAGUCGUUGCGCUUGAUAACUUUGAUCAUAGAAAUGAACACAACCAGAGACUAGCACAAUACACUGUCUUGCAAGAUCUUAACUCGGGAAAGGAGGUUGUCAUAGUGAAUGUCCACUUAAUCUUCAACUGCUGGCGAGAACCUGAUGUGCACGCAAUUCAAGCAGCAAUAUUCUUUCAACAGUUAUAUGAAGUACUACCCCAGUCAGCCAAACACACCACAUCGUGGAUAGUUUGCGGUGAUUUUAACAUGCGUCCACAUUUUCCCGCUUAUGAACUGGUGAAGAAUGGGGACUUAUCUGAUGGCGCUAUCGAGAAACUAAGGCCAGGAAAAUACGAGUAUCCAAGUUUGACAGAAAGGAAAGAGUUUAAUGACUCGAAGCGGAACAAUUUCGUCCAUAAAUAUUUCAAGGAGAAUUUAUCGCAUCCAUUCAAGUAUUCAAACAGUGCUUAUAGAGCCGUUUUGGGUACCGAGCCAAAGUUCACCCAUUACGAAUGUGAUGAUAUAUUUCCGGACGUUUUUGGAUUUGAUAUGAUGAAAGAUACACUGGAUUACGUAUGGUUUUCAUCAGACUCAUUGCAAGCUAACGCCGUUCUGGAAAUGGUUGAUGAAGAAGUAAUUCAGCCAUUUCGGGCUUGUCCUAACAGAUAUUUCCCUUCGGAUCAUUUGCCCCUAAAAGCCUACUUCCAGUUUAUUGAUAAUGUGGAUUCUGCAUAUAGCAGCGAAUAGUUAUAUGCCAUUCGAUCCACUGUUUAGUAAAACAUUCUUGUGAUAAUUUAUGAAGAUUUCGUGCAACAAUUUUGUAAUUUUAUUAUUUUUUGUAUAUAUUGUACAUA